GGCAGUCUUACAAUUAAAGCGAUAGACAACGCUGAAGAAUAAAGCAGCAAUCAUGAAAUACUUGGCUGUUCUGGUAUCAAUCGUGUCGGUUUGCUCAGCCGCGCCGAGUCUUGUCAGCCCACUCGUCGGUGCUGUAAGUUUAGCUGGUGCUCAUGUAGGAUCAGCGGUCGUUGCUGGUCCUCAUGUAGGAUCAGCGGUCGUUGCUGGUCCCGCAGCUGGAGCAGUUAAAGUAGCUGGGCCAGUUGCUGGACCUGCAGUAGUCACUGGAGCCGUAGCCGGCCCGAGUGCUGUUGUUGGUUCGGUUGCUGGACCUACUGUCGUUUCUGAACCGGGACUUGGCGUUGUCGUUAGUAAUGCACUCGUUGCCCCUGCACUGGCUGGACAUGCAGUGGUAGCGGCAGCUCCAGCAGCCGCGGUUGUCGCUGGACCAGCAGCAUCCACAGUCGUCGCUGGCCCCGUUACCAAAACUGCAGUAAUCGGAGCUUCAUCCUCCGCGGUUAUCGCCGGAGGUCACGCCUGGUAGUCAAAUAAAAACGAGCCUCAUAGAUAUACAACGUACCUCGUACCUUACUCAAAACUAUACAGACCACUUAUAAAUCAUUCCUAACUACGGCAAGAUCACUGCCUACGUGUUCGGCUACGUAUACGCUUAUACAAAUGUAUCUGUUUAAUUAUAUAAAAUAAACUAUACUACAUCUGGAA